UUCGCGUAAGUUUUUCGAGCGUUAUGCAAGUUGAAAAUAUAACAUCAAUCGUGUUAUUACUACAUUUACUAACUGUAUUCGUAUAAGCAGAGAUUCUUACAAACAGAUACUUUUCUAUUUACGCCCUGCUUAAUCCGCCAACUUAGACAUCGAGUCAUCAUUUAGGCAUAGAUCAACAUCGACUUGAGCGAUCGUAGGCCACUCCUCGCCACGUUGUGUUCGAUUUGAGUCGAAAAAUAUUGUGUUUCGUUUGUCUGGCAGGCUCUUAACGCCGUCCUACACUCUGUCAUCUCUAGCAUAAGACAUAACGCGUGUUAUAUAUUCGUUCGUAAAGUGACUCCGGAGCAUCAGAGUGUCCUUAAGAAUACUUGUUCGCUAAUCUUCGGUGCAGGCUAAUAUGUAGAUGGUGGAAAAAACCGUUUUCGGUAGCGUAAAUAUUAUUAGCAUGGCGACAAUUUUUCUGCUACAGCAGUUACGCGUGCAAUGGAGAAAACAUUCGAUGCCUCCGGGCGCCGGCCCUCGUUACAGCUGAGAGCGAUUCAUCAUAUAGCUGCCAAUCACGCUCCUGCCACUACUGAAGACAAUCAUAGCUACGACAUAGGUGAAGCUGUAAUGGUGGCUAUGGGAAGUUUGGCAACGACUUCAGCGAAGGUGCGCGAGGUAGCGCUGAAAAAGCUGCCACCUUCCGUGCAUGAUAACCGAACCGGUUUAUACGGGGCAAAAGCUUUUGCAUUACUUGGAGUUUGGUAUUUUUUUAGUUUCACCACGCUCGUUUUAAAUAAGUACUUUCUGUCAUCUCAGAACGGUGACCCGAUCGUGUUAGCUGUCAGCCAGUUACUUGCCUGUUGUCUUGCUGGGGGUGUUCAGCUGAAAUGUGGUCGAACGGGACACCCUCAGUCAGCCCCGAAUAGAGAAACUCUGAGUAGUGCAGCCAUUCUCGGAACGCUACGGUUCUGCACAGUGCUGCUCGGCCUAGUCACACUGUGGUACGUGCCUGUAUCCUUUGCUGAGACGGUGAAAAGCUCUGCGCCUGUUUUUACCGUGUUAAUUGCCCACGUAGUUCUUGGCGAUCGAACGCCAUGGCCUGUCGCGCUGUCGCUUUUACCCAUUAUGUUCGGACUGGCUCUCUGCUCAGCCAAUGAGCUUAGUUUCAAUCGGCCCGGAUUCAUUGCUGCUAUGGCGACGAAUCUCGUUGAAUGCUUUCAGAAUGUCCACUCUAAACAUAUGCUUUCGGAUGAGCGGAAACGUCUAUCACCUCUCGAGCUUCAAGCGACCUCGUCCUUUUUUUCGGUGCUCCUGUCUAUUCCACUGUUUCUCAAGUACACGCCAAGCGCAGCUCAGGACGAUCACUAUCCCCCAAUGGUAGUUCUGGCAUUAGCUGCCUUGUCAUUUCACGGUCAGAGUCUAGUUGAGUACGCCCUUCUGACGCGAAUAUCCCCGGUGACACACAGUGUAGCCAAUACGGUAAAGCGAGCCCUUAUGAUCUGGCUUUCAAUCUUCGUUUUCGGCAAUCCUGUGACAUCUUUAAGUGGCGCUGGAACGUUGAUCGUGUUUCUCGGCGUUUUACUUUACAAUCAUGCGAGGGACGCGGCCUUCCGUAGCGGAAAUUUCAGCGGGAGGCCAGUGAAACUGAAAGAAGUUCUUGUUACAGACCAUGAUGUGUAAUCCAAUUAUAGAUUGAUGAAUAAAAUUGUUAUAAAUGGUAACGAUAGUAAAGGUGAAAAGAACGCGAUGACGUUAAUAACAUAUCUGUAGCGUAGAUUAAAAUGCUGAAAGGAAAUGAGCCUACUUGUAAACAAACCACCGAUUGUAGCGGAUUAUUUAUGCAAUACUACAACAAAAUAUCAUAAAAUAGGUUGAUUAUUGACUGUCACUCAUAGUGUAGUACAUAAUGGUUAUUAGUAUGUAAAUUAGUUAUAAGUUCAAGCAACUAUAUCGUAGUCAUCUGCACAUAACGGUAAUAAUAGCGAUCAAACCAGCGAAGCGCCAAUUGAACUUCGUUGAAAAAGUUGGACAAGAAAUAGUCACUAGUAUGAUGUCGACUGUCAGCUUGUAAACAACACGUUUUUCUGUUAAGUGCAGUAUUAAAGUAACUUUAAAGUUGCAGGCAGCCUUUUCUUAAGUGUUCGAAAAUUUUUUGUGCCGAAGAUAUACUCUGUAUAUAUAAAUAGCCAAUGUUGUAUGCAUUGGUCUGUAUGCGUUUACCGUAUAAUAUAUUAAUCUCUCUAGUAAAUCUUCAACAGAGGGUCUAUGAGCCGAUUUAACUGAUAUUAUAAUGUGUAAAAUGUGUACUUUCGAAGACAACUUCCUAACGGGCUUGUUUUAAUCCUUUCGAGGUAGCGUUGAUUAGAAGCCGAUUGUUACCGGUCGUGUUCAUUCCUGUCUAGAUAUGAGAUGUGCGUAGGUACAUUUUGCCUCCUUUUUAAAGUACUAGUAUCUAUUGAUACAAGUUUUAGUGUAUGGUCGUCAUAAGCAAAAAUGCAAGGGCACGGUAUGUUAAAAAAAAGACCGUGGUCGGAAAACGGUUCCACGUAGCUGUAUCCGCACAAGUACAGUUGAUAUGGGGGCAAUGCAAGUAAAGUUGCGCAGUCAUUGUGUGUGUGUGUUUAAACGAGAAGUAAACAACAAGUAAGUCCUUGUGGUUUAUAAUAGUAUCGGAAAUCUACUUUAGGCACGACAUGCCAGCAGAGAAAAGGGCCCAAAAAACUUUCAUAGACUAUCCCUGUCCUAUUAUUAUUGCUAGACAAACGAAAACGACUAUUAACUUGUGAUAGCGCAAAUCCAUAAGGUAUGGUAUUGCUAUGUUGUUCCUAUACGCUCAAGCACCAUGAUUAAUUAAUAAAUGGUCAUAUAAUUAAAACAGUCAGGGCUAUAAACAAUAGGAUAACAAGAGAGAGAGAGAGAGAGAGAGAAAACUAGCGGGACGAGAGUAACGCACCUUAAUUUAAAUAAAUAUACUCUAU